CGAAAAUGGGACAAAGAGACUUUUAUACAUAGGAUGAGAAGAUAGAAAAUUAUUUUGUGCAAGCAAAAGCAACAGAGUCUCCUCAUACAAUCCUCUUCCUAUAUUGAAAAAAAUGAAAGUACACUCCUGCAUUCAUCCUCUUCCCUGCACUCUCUCCACCGGAAUUUUGUUCUCCGGCGGUCGUACGGAAGCUAAGCUUGCUGUCAACCCAACAAAGUUUUAUUGUUUAACUUUGAAUUCCUCUAAUUAUGCCCCAUUUCAGAAAUUUGCCACAAGCAGCUCUACGGAUUUUUCUACGAUGGCUAUUGGCUCGAAUGUAAGUGAAGAUACAGAUGACAUGUUUGAUGAUCUCCUAAGAAAGCAUGGGAAAGUGGUAUACAAAAGAAAUGACCAAAAACCUGCAAGUGAGGAGAUUGAUGAUGAUGCUGAAAGCCUGUCCUUUGCAAUGGCUGUGGCUAAAGUUGCAAGUGAUGUCAAGGCAGGAGAUAUAAAAGUUCUCUUUGUCAAGCCUCUAGUAUAUUGGACUCGGUUUUUCAUUAUUGCUACCGCAUUCUCUCGCCCACAGAUUGAUGCCAUUGGGACCAGAGUAAGAGAUAUGGCUGAGGAACAAUAUGGAAGAGUUGCUUCUGGAGAUUCAAAACCCAACUCAUGGACGCUACUGGAUUUUGGUGAUGUUGUCGUUCAUAUAUUUCUUCCUCCGCAGCGUGAGUACUACAACCUGGAAGAAUUCUAUGGCAAUGCAGCAUCCAUCGAACUACCAUUUGAGAACCAACAACAAUUGCGAGGACCUACCGGUUAUUGAAGUCCCAGCAGUUUUGGCCUCGUGGUGAUUGACAGAAACUGUAUCAAAUUAAGAGGCAGUUGCAGUGUUCUCCUGAUUGCUGACAAGGAACGAUUAACAUAUUUGGGCAAACUCUGUUGAUCCACCCGUUGCGCUAUAUUUUUAAUUAGUAGUAAUGUAAUUGCUCUUGUAGAAGAUAAAGCUCUGUACUAUGUUGUUUCUGUAGAAAUAUUGGUAAAGAAACAGUUUACAUUCAUUCGGAAUUAAAAGGGUGCCAAAAGGCUCAUUGUCACGUCUGAUGAAAGAACCUAACAUCCUUGUUCUUUUUUUCCUUGACGUGAGUUGAGUUUAAAUGAAGCGUGAGGAUUUAUAUAGCCGA